AGGCCUUGUUAAAGCAGUGGAAGGCGGAAGUGCUGUAAAGGGAGAAAGUAGGAAUUCGUUCUUGCUUGUUUACACCGAAGGCGGGUAGACAGCAGAAGAGAGAAGGCUACACAGAAAAGAUUGCUAACAUGAAAGGCUGGCCUUGAUGUAUUUCAUACCUGUGCCAAACGUCAAGGUGAGAACUCGUCCGCAUGCCAGCCAGUCGCAGCAUGCUGGAAGAAUGCGUCCGAUAAACAAGCGAGAGGCCGGAGUCUGGCAUCAAACGAAAAGCCUGCUCUACAAGAACCUGCUCAUCAAAUGGAGGACCAAACAGCAAAGUUUACAGGAGCUGAUCCUGCCUCUGCUGCUGCUGGGUCUGCUCAUCCUGAUCAGCACGCUGAACCCCCACGUCUACUACGGCGGCAUCGGCACCAUGGAGCUGGAAAGUGAGAACUACCUGCCCAUCAAGGGCCUCGGCUACACCCCCAUCACCAACGUCACCAACCACAUCAUGGAGGAGGUGGCCCAGGAGCUCCACAUGCAGGAUCGUUUGGAGAUGUUCGCCAACGAGGAGGACCUGGAGAACGCCAGCCUGUACGAGCCUCUGGGCUACGCGGGGGUUGUCUUCCGAGACAACAUGUCCUACAGGCUCAGGUUCCCCUACAAUCAGCUGCCCUUACCCAGCGACUACACAGAGUCCAUUGCUAGUUGUUUCUCCAACUCUGUGAAUUGCCGAGCCGCCAAUUACUGGUACUCCGGGUUUGUGCGCCUGCAGACCCUUAUUGACGCCGCCAUCAUCCAGAUGCAGACCAAGCGGUCGGUGUGGCGGGAGAUGGACGUGCGCGUGGUGAUGAUGGGUCAGCCGGGCUCGGUGGAGGUGCAGAAGUUCCCGCACGCGCUCAUCUCCAUCUACCUGGUGCUGGCCUUCACGCCCUUCGUCUCCUUCCUCAUCGUCAACGUGGCCGCCGAGAAGGAGCGACGCCUCAAGGACACCAUGACCAUGAUGGGACUGUACGACUCGGCCUUCUGGCUGUCGUGGGGUCUACUGUACGCUGCUCUAGUGACCACCAUGUCCAUCCUGAUGGCAGUGAUUGCCACCUGGACCUCCCUCUUCUACAACAGCAACUUCUUUGUCAUCUUCCUGCUCAUCUUCCUCUACGGAAUCUCCUCAAUCUUCUUCUCCUUUAUGCUGACGCCGCUCUUCAAGAAGCCCAAGUUUGCCAGCACGGUGGGCUCCAUGCUGACGGUGGUGUUCGGCUGCCUGUCCCUCUUCACCGUGCUCAUGCGCGACUUCCCCCAGUCGCUCGUCUGGCUCCUCUGCCUCCUCUCCCCCAGCGCCUUCUCCAUCGGCAUCGCCCAGGUGGUGUAUCUGGAGGCCCAGGGUGACGGAGCCGUCUUCUCCACGCUGGCCAACGGCCCCCACGCUCUCUACGUGCCCCUGCUCAUGCUCUCCCUGGACUGCAUCCUCUACCUGCUGCUCGCCGUCUACCUGGACCAGGUGCUGCCAGGUGAAUUUGGCAUGCGACGCUCUGUCCUCUACUUCCUGAAGCCGUCCUAUUGGUCGCAGCGCAGGAAGCGCUACACGGAGGUGAGCUCGGUGUACGAGGCCGAGGUGAACGGGGCUCCCGUGGGAGACGAGUCCAUCGAGCCAAUCUCCCCCGAGUUCAGAGGCAAGGAGGCCAUCAGGAUUAAUAACAUCCGGAAGGUCUACAAAGAGAAGGACAACAUAGUGGAGGCUCUGCGGGGCUUCACCUUUGACAUUUACGAGGGCCAGAUCACAGCGCUGCUGGGACACAGUGGAGCGGGCAAGUCCACCCUCAUGAACAUCCUCUGUGGCAUCUGUCCCCCCACUGAAGGCUCGGCCACCAUCUACGGAUCUCCGGUGGCGGAGAUCGCGGAAGGCUCGGAGAUGAAGCAGUUGGUGGGCAUCUGUCCGCAGUUCAACAUCAUCUUUGACGUGCUCACUGUGGAGGAGCACCUUCGCAUCUUCGCCGCCAUCAAGGGCAUCCUGCCCUCCAACAUCGACGCUGAGGUGUCUAAAGUGCUAAAGGAUCUGGACCUGGAGAAGAUCAUGGAUGCCCAGGCCAAGAACCUGAGUGGCGGCCAGAAGAGGAAGCUGUCUGUGGGCAUCGCCAUCCUGGGAGACCCCAAGAUCCUGCUCCUGGAUGAGCCCACUGCAGGAAUGGACCCCUGCUCACGGCACCAGGUAUGGUCCCUCCUGAGGAACCGACGAGCCGACCGGGUCACUGUCCUCAGCACCCACUACAUGGACGAAGCAGACAUCCUUGCCGAUCGUAAGGCAGUGAUAUCACAGGGCCAGCUCAAGUGCGUGGGCUCAUCGCUGUACCUCAAAACCAAGUGUGGUGUCGGCUACCACCUCAGAAUGUCGGUGAGUGAGGGGUGUGAGGUGGAUACCAUCGCAUCACUCGUGAAGCAACACGUCCCCAAGGCACAGUUGUCACGGCAACAGGAGGCAGAGCUCACAUUCACACUGCCCUUUGAAAGCAUGGACACCUUUCCAGGCUUGUUUGCGGAGUUAGACUGUCGCCCCGAUCUGGGCAUCACCAACUAUGGUGUCUCCAUGACUACGCUGGAGGAUGUGUUCCUACGUCUGGAGGCAGAAGCUGAGGUAGACCAAGCAGACUACAGCGUGUUUAACCAGGAGCAGCAGGUGACGGUGGAGGAGGAGGAGGACGGGGCCUCCAUGGACGACACUGACCAGAAGCUGCUGACCUUCUCCACGGGGCGGCAGGACCUGGUCAGUGGCCAUGCGCUCUGGAGGCAGCAGUUCGGCACGGUGGCCUGGCUACACACACUCAACCUGCAGCGCGAGAAGAAGCCCGUCAUCUACACGUUCACGUUGUUCCUGGUCUUCCUGUCGGCGGUGCUGAUCCUCUCCCUGGCCACGGGGAACAUCCAGAUCCACUCGCCUGACCGCCAAUUCCUGCCCAUCUACCUGCUGCGCCGCCACCAGCCUCACCACAAGUACACCACCCCCCUUCUGGUGCAGAACUCCUCAGACUCGGACAUCUCAAGCUUCAUCCAGAGCCUCGAGGCUCAGGACAUCAGGGUGGAGUUGAUGAGGAAGGCUGACUACAUGUCCGUAGCUCCGCACAGUGCAGCCAUCAACGUCACCGGCUCUAGCAAGGGCUUUAGUUACUGUCUGGCGUUUAACAGCACCACGGUGCACUCUCUGCCCAUGGUGGUCAACGUGCUGAGCAACGCUCUGCUGAAGGGUCUCAACGGCACCGGGCGCAUCAACACCUGGGCCAAACCCUUCGACUACCAACUCCCCGACUCCACGUCCUAUGCGCUGGUCUACAUCGAGGCGGUGAUCCUGGGGAUGCUGGCUGCUGGAAUGCCGGCGUACUUCGCCAUGGACCACACCCGAGACCGGGAGAUCAAGUGCCGUUCAACGCUGCGGAUCUCAGGUCUGGUUCCGUCGGCGUACUGGUGUGGUCAGGCGGCCAUCGACAUUCCGUUCUAUUACCUCAUCCUGACGUGCAUGACCUGCACCCUCUUCUCCUUCCACUCCACCAAACUCCUCACCUCCAGUAACCUCACCGCUGUGGUGCUGUGUCUGAUUGGUUUCGGUCCAGCCAUGAUCCUCUUCACCUAUUGUGUGUCGUUCAUGUUCACCAGAGUCCAGAGCAACAGGGACUUUUUCUCCGUGGUGUCCAUGAUGGUGUGUGUGGUGUCAGCCUCCACGGUGCAGCUGACGUUUGUGAACGACUGGGGGAGCGUGACGCGGAUCCUCCACAGCACCCUGUGCUUCUUCAACCCCCUCUACCCCCUCAUGGGCUGCCUCAACUGCAUCACCAAGGCAACCUUCAUUCCGUCCAUUGUGGAAGACGAGCUGCUUUGGAAAGGCCUGCUGAUCGCUGUGCUUGCUCCCUACCUGCAGUGCAUCCUGCUGUUGUUCUUGCUGCGAUGGCUGGAGCUGCACUAUGGAGGCAAGACCAUGAAGAAUGACCAGCUCUGCAGGAUCUCGUCCAAGCCGAAGGGCAAAGUUCAGCUCAACCCCGAGGAGAACCUGGACGAGGAUGAGGAUGUGAUGGUGGAGAAGGCCCGCGUCAAAGAGGCACUCACCUGCCAGUGCUGCGAAGAGAAACCAGUGAUUGUUGUGAGUAACCUGAGGAAGCAGUUUAAAGACCGACGUGAGGGUUUCUCUUUCAGUAAGAAGAGGAGAGUGGCCACCAAGAAUAUCUCCUUCUGCGUCCGCAAAGGUGAGGUGCUGGGGCUGUUGGGGCCCAAUGGAGCAGGGAAGAGCACCAUCAUGCACAUGCUGGCUGGAGACACUGACCCCACCGCUGGACAGAUCCUGAUGGGCGACUACAGCACAGAUUUCCGUCCCGUGGACAGCCAGCUGGAGCACGUGGGCUACUGUCCCCAGGUCAACCACCUGUGGCUCUUUCUCGUCACCCUUUUCUUUCUCUCACCUGCACAUCUUCGCCUUCUUCUCAUCAGGGCCUCCUUGUGUGUGUGUGUGUCUGACAUUCACAGCGUGGUCAACGCACUGGAGCUGAAGGAGCACCUCCACAAGCAGGCCAAGAACCUCUCGGGAGGGAUCAAACGAAAGCUGUGCUUUGCCAUAAGCAUGCUGGGUAAUCCGCAGAUUGUGCUGCUGGACGAGCCGUCCACUGGGAUGGACCCCAAGUCCAAGCAGAGGAUGUGGAGGGCGAUCCGUGCCGCCUUUAAGAACAAGCAGCGAGGCGCCAUCUUGACCACACACUACAUGGAGGAGGCCGAGGCCGUGUGCGACCGCGUGGCCAUCAUGGUGUCGGGGCAGCUCAGGUGUAUUGGCUCCAUCCAGCACCUGAAGGGAAAGUAUGGGCGCGGCUACAGCCUGGAGAUCAAGCUGAGAGAGGAGCUCACGGGGCUCCAGCAGGUGGCACUGCUCCACAAGGAGAUCCUCCGCAUCUUCCCCCACGCCGCACGCCAAGAGAGUUUUGCCACUCUGAUGGUUUACAAGAUUCCCAUGGAGGACGUGAAGUCUCUGGCCCAGGCCUUCUCCCAGCUGGAGAGCGCAAAGCAAAACUUCAACUUUGAAGAGUACAACUUCUCACAGUCUACAUUAGAACAGGUGUUCAUGGAGUUUGCUAAGGAGCAGGAGAGCGAGGAGGACGAGGUGGGCUCGCUCAGCACCACCUUCCAGUGGCAGCGUCUCCGGCAGGACGGCCCUCAGCCAGUCAGCGCCAACCACGCCGACAGCAUCGUGCACCAGCUCUGAUCCCCGACGACCCAUGAUGCCUGUCCACCUCCGCCUCAGACGACUGCGUCUCCUCCCAACGGCAUGGAGACCGGCGCCGACUGACCCCGUGGCGCUGACCACGCACGUCUCACACACACACACACACACACUCUCUCCAAGCUCCUCCCAUGUGUUGUCUGUGGAACUGCCCACUGCAUGUCCAUAUGUGAUUUGAUGCAGGCAGGGCAAGGGUUGGCUAUCGUUUUUUGUACUAAAAUAGGUGCACUAGAUGCUCCCUCACACUCCA